AUGCCACCCCAACCACCUCCCCAAGGCCUGAACGUCAUUGCCUUAAUUUCAGGCGGAAAAGACUCUCUCUACUCCAUCCUACACUGCAUCCGCAACGGCCACAAAGUCGUCGCAUUAGCAAACCUACACCCAGAAUUAAGACAAAAAUCCCAAACCCCCGACACCGACCAAGAUGAAGAAGCCGACAUCGACAGCUUCAUGUACCAAACAAUCGGCCACAGCGUAAUCCCACUAUACGAAUCCGCCCUUGGCAUCCCACUCUACCGUGCCGCAAUCACUGGCGGCGCACUCGACACCUCACGAGUAUACCGACACGAUGCAGCAGACCAAGCUGCAGAAAGCAGCCCCAGCUCCGGCUCCAGCCCCGCCGAAGACGAGACAGAGUCCCUCGUUCCGCUUCUGCGACGUGUUAUGCAGGCUCAUCCCGAAGCGAAUGCCGUUUCGGCCGGCGCCAUCUUGUCCACGUACCAGCGCACCCGGAUUGAGAAUAUCGCCGGCCGUUUGGGCCUUGUUCCGCUCGCUUGGUUGUGGAUGUAUCCUUCGCUGCCGGCGCCGGUGGAGCGGGACGCGGAUCUUCUUGCUGUGCGGGAGGCCGGGUUGCUGGAGGAUAUGGCGGCUGUGGGGUGCGAUGCUAGGAUAAUUAAGGUUGCGUCUGGGGGACUGGAUGAUGGGUAUCUGUGGGAGAAUGUGUCUGGGUCUGGGAAUGCGGGACGCGCAUUGCGGAGGCGCAUGACUAGGGGAAUGGGCAGGUUUGCGGCUGCGGAGGAUAUCAAGGGUGCGGUUUUGGGAGAGGGAGGUGAAUAUGAGACGUUGGCGCUUGAUGGGCCUUCUUUUCUUUGGAAGAGUCGAAUUGAGAUCGAGGGCCGGGAUGUUGGGAGUGAGGAGGGGGGUGUGGGUUAUUUGAAGUUGAGGGGGGCCAGGUGUGUGGCUAAGGGCGCCGAAGACGAUGAAGGGGAGAAGAAGUAUGAGCCCAGUGAUGUGAGGAGACCGGCGUUGUUGGAUCCGCAGUUUGCUACUGCGUUGAAGGAUGUCUCUGCUGUGUCGUUUGAGGCUGGGUCAGCGGCGGAGUCAGUAUCUGGCACGAAUACCGUUACGGCACCUGCUUGGUCUGUCCGCGAGCCGCAUUACUAUCAAUCUACAUCGACGUGGACGAUGGCGAACUUGGUGGCGCCAGAAGCUGGUCUUGAUGCUGGCGACCAGAUGAGGGCGAUUGCCGACAAAGUGCAGCUUGCGAUGAAGUCGUUUACUUCUGAUUCGGGAACCCGGUCUACAGAGGAUAUCGUCUUUGCUACUGUGUUGUUGCGCUCAAUGGCAGACUUCGCGCAGAUGAAUGCGGUCUACGUCUCAUUAUUCAAGAAGCCCAACCCUCCUGCACGAGUCACUGUCGCCUGUGGUGAUUCGCUCCCAUCCGACGUGAAGGUAAUGGUUUCCUUCGUGGUGGACAUGGGACCACGUAACCGGCGCCAGGGUCUGCAUGUUCAAUCACGGUCAUACUGGGCUCCAGCCAAUAUUGGUCCUUACUCUCAAGCCAUGUCUAUUCCUCUACAAGAUGAGAGUAGAGUGGUCUACAUUGCUGGCCAGAUUCCUCUUGAACCGGCUUCAAUGGAAGUGGCCACGGAAGGCAAAUCAUGGCUCGAGGAUUAUCGUCUCCGCGCUGUGCUGGCUCUUCAGCAUCUGUGGAGAAUUGGCGCAGAAAUGCAGGUGGACUGGUGGCUGGGAGGUGUAGCCUUUUUGACUGGCGGAGAGCACAUUCAGACGCAAGCCCAGGUGGCAUGGCAUCUCUGGAAGAAGGUGCAUACCCGACCCGAUAAUGUCGAGCCUGAAGACUCGGAUGAGGAGGGUCCGCAGCUUGAUGCGUGGGAUAUCAAGUACGGAGGCCGAGCGGAAGAGCUUACGCCCGAGGAAGUCUCUACCAGCCUGCCCAAGUUCUCAAUUCUUGAUGCAGAAGAUGAACUUGCAGCUACUGUUUCGCCAUUCCUUGCUGUUGAAGUCGAUGAGCUUCCCCGUGGCAGCGAUAUUGAAUGGCAGGGUCUGGGCAGUCGCUGCCAACAAGUGAAACUGGAAACCAGCCGGGACUCGGUCUCUGCGACUACAGAUGGCGGAUACAGCUACAUUUGCCAGGAGAUCACGAGUGAUGGGUCACUGGGAUCGCUAGAAGAGAAUUUGCGCUCAGCCAUAUCAGCCCACUGCAAGAGCAAAGACCUUUCCCAAGUGGUUCUCUAUACCAUGCAACCCAUGGCUGAGGAGCUCUGGCCUGGCCAAGUGGUCCCAUGCCGGUCCAUCUGGGGCCGUGAAGGGCGACCGUUGAAGGCCGCCGUUAUUGUACAGAAAGAGCAAGUCUCCUCCUGA